AUGGAUCAUGUUAUAAAAGCUUUGAGAACUUUUGUGUGGCAUCACUAUCAGAAGAUAAGUGAACACAAACCUUCAGGAAUAAUAUUUUUCUCGGUAAAAAUUAAGAACUGCUAUAAUUUCAUCCACAGACACCUUUUACCCGUGGCAGAUUAUAACUCAGUGAGAAACUUCACACUAUUUUUACAGUAUAAAGUUGUAAGUUUAAAAGGCUUUGUUCAAUUUUCUUUGUUUUAUCAAGGCAAAUACAAAUACCAUAGCUAUAACUUCGUUAGAUUGUCCAAUCACAAUCAAAACCGAUACAGCUGA